CGUUUUUUGUCCAGAUUUCCUCACACACUAUCCCAAAACACAAUGUACCUUCAAACCUGACACGAAAUACUACUUGUUCGCACUUCAUCUGACGAUCUACUCUGAGGGUGAUUUCGGUCAUAUAUAAUCAAGUUGUGAAUCAUUAUACGAAAGUGUUUUUUAAAAUUUGACUUGUUUUCUUAUAUCUUAUUCUCUACUUAGAAAAAUUGGCAAUCCACUUCUAACAGACAAGAAAUUCAGCAGAUCAAAUGAUUCUCCCAUUCCUUUCAUAAACAUUUGAAACUGAGAAUGAAAAUUGAAACAUUGUUAGUUUAUUUUCUGUUGCAGUUCUUUUGAGUUAAAUUAUCCGGCGGCUAGUCAAGUGGUCUGUUUAGAAGGUUUCAGAUGGAGGACGGUUCUCCGGCUCUUAAUGUAAAUAUAACUUCAUCGGUUGACGAGGAGCUUGAAAGCAAAAUCAAGGCAAAAUAUCCAGGUCUCAACAAACAAGGUGUUGGCUCCCUGUUAUUGCAAAAGCGAUUGAAUCGUGGGCAUAAAUACUUUGAUUCUGGAGACUAUAAUAUGGCAAGAGCAAAGAUUUUGCAACAGCAAAAGCAUGUACUCCCUCCUCAAACAGAAGAAGCUAUUCUUCAUGAAUCGACGGGGGAAACUAUGGCUACUCCUGACAGUGUACCUGCAGUUCGUAAAAAAUCCAUUCUAUCUCCAAAUGGUGUAGAGUCUGUGGUUAAUCCUGUCGCUGUUUCCGCUGCAUCGAAGGCUUCAUUAUCCCAUCCAACCGACAGUUUAAGUCUCUUAUCAACAUAAUUACAGUGCAGUGAAAAAUGAACAAUUUUCUAUUUUCAAAUAACUACUUGUUCAAAAAGAUCAGUCCUUUAUUUCAUGACAGUACACAAAGGUAACACAUAUGUCAUAAAGUAAAAGGCUGUUCUUUUUGAACAGGUGGUUGUUUGAGAAUAGUGGGUCGUCGUUUACUUUCGUUCUUGUCUAUUCUUCCUCUCAUGUCCUCUUCUUUUCCGUUACUCAAUUAACUUUAUGAAUUUGUAAAGACCUAUCUACUCUAUCUCUGCCUUCUCUUAAUUGUAAACCCUUUAUCUAUGUUUUAUUUAUUUGCACAAAGAAUUACCCAAUGCAUUUGUAUCUGGUUAGCAGCACAAAUCCCUAAAAUCAAAAAAACUGUUGAUAACUGUGUAUUCUGUGCUUUUCCUUGUUUUUUUCUCUAGACCAGUUUAGAUCUUAUCACUAUUAUUAUGUCAAUCUCCUAUUCAUGUGAUUAUAUGCGUAUAUGACAGAUUCUGUUGUUUUUCCGUACAGAAUUGAUGUGUCUCUUUUCGUAACUUUAAAUAUGUAGGCGUUAGUACGUUCACGUGUUCGCUUAUGACUGAUAUGUGACCUGGCUGAUAUCAUUUCACAAUGAAUAUAUAUUCGUAAUAAUUUACUGCAAUCUCAGCUUUGUCAACUCAUGUUUUCAAUCACUUUUUUAUGCGCAUGUUUUGCGUAAAGCAGUUCACUGAUGAAUCUAAGUGUACUCGUUUCCACCUUUUCUACUGCGCAACAUAUUUAAGCUUUUCUAUGACUCUAAGUAUACAGAUACAGUAGCAUAUGUGAUAUAUUAGGUAACCAUCUAAUGAGUAACGGUAAGGUUAGGUGAUGACGUGAUUAAAUUUGGUUAAGUUUUGAACUAUUAUUGGCUGGAUCAGAUCGGACUCAAGUUAUUCAAACCAACUCGUCCCUCAUUGUUCCUCAUCGGCUGGAAUAAAAAUAAUAUCAUGUAAGCCUUGUGAUGGCUACAUCGGAUUAUACCGGUGGUCCGUGAAAUAAUUGUUUUUUUAAUCUGAAUCGUAUGAGUUAGUGUUGACAGUUCCUAACAUAGUAGGAACUGCCAGCCAAAAAACUUUGACGAUAUGGUUUUCGGUCGAUGAUAUUGCCUGGGAUAUCUUUUCCUACUCUAACAGCAAUUAUGCUUUUAUUACUUCAAAGGUUUCUCUACCCUUAAUCAUUCUUAUUACUUCUGUGAAAUUACGCGUGCGAAUCCCCAGUUGUAAUUUUAAGGUCAAAUGAACAGAGUCAGCUACAACGUAGGACGAGGCACAUAUAUGCAUUGGUCCAAGUUGCCACACCUCAUCAACACAACAAGAUAAACUCUAAAUUCAUAAAGUAGUUUCUUCAAUGGUAGUAAUAUAUAAAAGAAAGAUUGUGCAUAAAUAUACAUAAUAUAGGAAGAAAGAAUUAGUUGGUAGAAUAAGAUACGAAGCGAUAUUAAUCUCAGUUUAAGGGAAGAUAAAGGGUGUACCACUAAGCGAUUGUGAGCCAUGUCACUCAGAGUCUCCAACCAUUGGCUAUGAGUCACGCGGACCCCAACCAGGUAGUCUGCAUCUACCAACACGGCUCAGACUAGAAGUUGGUGACUUUGUGGACUAGUGUCACGUUUUGGUUUGGCCUCCCCUAACUUCCGACCAUUCCCAACACUAGUCAGCAUUGCACGUCGUGGUAAUCGGUGUUCAGGCAUACGUAACACGCGGCCCAACCAUCUCAGUCGACGAUUCACAACCUCGUCAACUGGUUCACCAUCAUUCCCUAAUACUCUGCGCCUAACCUCACUAUUACUUACCCCGUGAUCCCGGCAGACGGCAAUAUUUCUGUGACAUUUGUGAUCAGGUAAUAGUAACUUGCGAGUAUCGUCUACCCUUAAUAACCACGUUUCGUAGCCGUAAAGUAGAACAGAACGGACUGCCGCGCCGUAUACUCGUCUUUUUAUUGAUAGAUGGAUAUCUCGUCCUUACUAUGGGUGACGUAAGUCGGCAAAAGCCAAGCGAGCUUUUUGAAUCUGUGCUGAGAUUUCGUCAGACACCAAACCAUUAGGGCUGAUCAGACUCCUAAAAUAUGUGGAGUUGUCUACACGUUCGACUACUUCACUCCCUAUCCCUAGUUCAGGUGUUGACGCAGACCAGUCCUGAAGCAAUAACUUACAUUUAGAGUAGGAGAAGCGCAUUCCAAACAUUCUGGCAUUGUUGCUCAGUGCUACCAAAAGACUCUGUAUUUUAUCAGCGUCUUCACCAAACAGGACUAUAUCAUCUGCGUAUUCUAAGCCAAUAAGUGGACCUCCAUGAUGAAAUUAAAUAGAAAUGGAGAUAGUAGAUAGCCUUGCCGUCACAUGAUGGAAGGUAAUUUCUGAAUGAUUAAGACUAUGUUUGGGAAAGCUAACCAUCCUGUAUUCGAGUUAAAGUGACUAUUUCAGUGGUUAAGUUAGUUUUUCCAAGUAUAAUUUUAGUGUAGCUACAUCAAAUAGUCUUUUCAACUUCGAAAAUUACUUCAGUUACGGGCUAGUAUACAGCAAGACAUAGUUGAAAUCUAGAAAACCGUUUUACCUAUGGUUUAAGACUCUUCACUUCUGCAUAACCCUAAAUACUUAUCAUCAUAAAUCGUCGAGAAUAGUUCCUGGUUAUUUAGCUAUUCAAUUCUAGAUCGAAGAUAUCAAUUAAUCACAACCGGCGUAUAAAGCCUGGGACAAAUAUGUAUCACCCCCAUUUUCCCAUCUCAACACCCUAGCAUGAAAUUAGCAAGAUGAGUAACAAAG